UUAUUCACUAUAAAUUAAAUAAUUGCUAUAAAAUUUGGAAGAUCGAUAUUGGAUAUGCAGCACAAAACAUACGUGGAUCAUUUUACUUUAGUAUAAAGGAUAUAUAGCGAUUAUUGUUCUGCAUUCACUAAUUCAAGGCAUUUCCGGAGAAAACUUUUCUACCAAAAAUACAAAUGGCAUAUAACAUUCCGACACGCAAUGUUGAAAUUGAAAGAAGACGAAAAGAGUAUAAGAAUCUCAAGGUAGAAGAUGUUUUGAAAGAGGAAGAUGUCAAGUCAUAUAAUAUGUUACCAUUUGAGAAAAUUCACCCGCUACUUUCCUACGAUGAGAAAUACGAUUUAUACUCCAAGGCAAGUUAUUUACCAUUGGAACUAUUUGACGACGAGGAAUACGAUUGUAGAACAGCAGAGGAAUGGAUAAAUUUAGGCAUUAUCAAUGGCGUUCAUUAUCCGUUACCAGCCACAGUAUUUGUUGAGAGGAUUAUAGAUAAGAAGUGGAUAUUUGAUCACGAUGAUAAUACAUGGAAUAAUUUGUAUGGUUGGUUUAACGCCGCCGUUAUGGGUUAUGAUAACGAAAGAAAAGUGUGGACUGUUCUCACUUUAGAUGGUUUUAAGCGAAAAUUUUAUUUGCCUAGAAUAUAUAUCCGAUUUUUUGGAGAAGAUCCUAAAAGAUUUGCCAAAAGGAUUGCUGCUGCCAUCAAACAGAGACAAAUCGCGGAGACUAGUAUUAGGUAUCACUUUUAUUUGGACUGUAUGCCGGUAGAAGGUAUGCUAACACUCGAUGAAAAGCAGCAAGAAGUUAUAAUCUUUUCAGUCACGCGAAAAAAUUUCGUGAAAUAUGAAUCCAAACGUCUUUUGGACUCAAUGGACGAAGUUGUGCUGGAAUAUCGUCGCGUAAUGUGCGAUCUUAUGUGGAGAUCUCUCGUACAACAACAACCAGGAAUUUUUAAUUUCAUUACGUGGACUGAAAUUAAUGACACUCAAGAGCUUAAAAUACCAGAAAUGGGAAAAUUAUGCACUGAAAUGGAAAACUUUACGGAGAUCAAAAAGAUUUUCUCUGAGAUGGUUUUGUAUAUUUUGCCGGAGGUAUAUCAAGCUAUGGAAUGCAUAGUUGUCGAGUGCAUUAACAUAUCGAAUAUGAAUCUCUUUGUCUCGAAUUAUGGAAAAUCUAUGCAUCUAUCGGAGUUCAAACUGCAGCAGCAGCAUGAGACUGGUACAGUGAUAAAGUAUCUGAAAGAAACGUGGUUGGAGAAGAUUAUACAGUCAGUCAGGCUGUGUUUAAGAGAUGUCGGGAAAGGAUGGUUUGAUAUCGAACAGAAAAAUUAUGAUGUGUCCGGUGUAAUAAAAUUGAAACGAUUUAUGGAUCUUAUUUCACAUCGAAUGCAGGGUGCUCUUCGAGAUCUCGUGAAAAAAUCGAUUGUUUUCUAUUUAGAAAUAUUAGAAGCUCCAGCUGUUUGUACAUUAAAUGUAGAUGCAAAUUUUGUGUGGGGAGAUGAUCUCGUAAACACACACUUUAAAUCUUCAGUGAAUCCUAUCUUUAAUAUUGAUAUGUUUAUGAAUGAUAAAACUGUUUAUUAUUUAACAGAUCCUGAUUCAUUUGAGGAAAUUAUUAUAGCCAUAUUAGAUAGUUCUUUAAGUCAGUGUCAUCAAAUUAAACAAGUUCACCCUUUCUUGUUACCUUUCUUGACAUUCCCCAAAGAUUUCUAUCUUACCUCCGUCGGCUUACUGGAAGAACAGAUUUGCAAAGUUCGGGAACGCCUGAGGAUCGCUUAUCAAAAGUCUGUAAUACCCCUAAAGGCAUACGCGAGUGAAUAUCAGCAAUAUUUAGAAAUUUACAAAUUGGAUGUCGAAAAAUAUGUAGAGGACUUUAAAAAAGCAGGUCACACUGCUGCGGAAAUCAGAGAUGAAGUAUCCUUCCAUUUUAAGAUGAAAUCGAUCCUCGAGUACGCACUGCCGAAGGACAUUGUUAUAGGACCUUUCCGCGUGAAUGUUCGCCCUCUUAAGGAAUUUCUCGUGCAGAAGCGACAGAAAUGUUGUGCGCAGUUACUUGUCAUGUUUACUGAGAGCUUAAGAACGAAAAUCGAUGUUGUUCUGUCUGAUUACGUACAGAUCCGAACGAGACUAAAGUUAUCCCCACGCAAUAUCGAGCACUUGUUCGAAGAGCAGGACUGGAUAGAAAUUGUACCAUUAAUAGUGAAAAAUCUGGAUGAAACCGUACAAAGGCUGAGGCAUGAAUAUAAUAUCUUCGAUCACUUUUGGUGGAAUCUAUCUGACGAAGAUUUUGAAGCCAAAUGGCAAGCUAUCGGUUUUCCUCGGCAAGUGCAAUUAUAUAUCGACGCGGCAAAGAAUCGUUUUGUCAGUGAAUAUGAGAAAUUUCAUAAAUUGCAAGUGCAAGACGAAAUUCUUUUAUUGGAGAGAAUCAAUACACUUGUAGGAAACGUUACUAUUAUAACAUUGCAGGCGGAUAUCAACAAAGCACAUGAAAUGGCUAUAGAAGUAAAGAAAAUUUGGAAAAUGUUAAAAGAUUGCCAAGAAUCGGGUUUAUUGUUGAACAAGCGGCAAAAAUUAUUCGGCAUAGAUGUUGUGCCGUUCGAGCAAUUAGAUAAAUUAAUAAUGGAAUUCGAACCUUACCAAGUCUUAUGGAUUACUGCAUCCGAUUGGUUAAAAUGGCAAGAAAUAUGGAUAGACAAUCCUCUGAUAAAUCUCGAUGUCGAUCAAAUCGAAAUUGUGAUUUCUGAUAUGUGGAAAACUAUGUCGCAUUGCGUGAAAAUAUUUCAAGAGAAUCCAAAGAUGGCUGCUAUAGCGUUCAAUAUAAGGGAUCAAAUCGAAGCAUUUAAGCCCUAUGCUGGUAUGAUACAAGCUUUGCGAUAUCCAGAGAUGAAAACUCGACACUUUGACGAGCUUACAAAGAAAACGAGUAUACAAAUGGCACUCACGCCAACUUUGACUUUUAAGAGCUUACUUCUUCUUGAUAUAAUGAAAUACGAAGAAAUCGUGAAGACCGUUGCACAUGCUGCGACAAAAGAAUUCUUGAUAGAAAGUACACUAAAUAAAAUAAUGGUUGAUUGGAAAGCAAUCACGAUGGAUAUUUUACCUUAUAAAAAUACGGAUAAAUAUAUUAUGAAGAUUUCUGAUGAGGUCAUCAUUCUUUUGGACGAAGAUAUAUUUAAAAUUCAUCAUCUUAGAUUUAAUCCCUUCAAAGCUGCUUUUGAGAGUCAAAUCGAUGAGUGGGAAGCUAAAUUAAGAUUAAUUCAGGAAGUGAUCACGCUGUGGAUGGAGGUGCAAAAGCAAUGGAUGUAUCUAGAACCAAUAUUUGCAUCUGAAGAUAUUAAUCGGCAAUUGCCAGUGGAAUCACGUAAAUUCAAUACAAUGGAGCGUAACUUGACACGUAUUACAAAAAACGCCUACGAUUACCCAUAUGUGAUUACAACGUGCACGGAUAAAGUCUUGUUAUCGGACUUGAAGGAAUGUCUUUUGAUCCUAGAAACUGUCGAGAAAGGUUUAUCCGAUUAUCUGGAAACUAAACGAAUGAUCUUUCCGCGCUUCUUCUUCCUGAGCGACGAUGAACUUCUGAAGAUAAUCGUUCAGUCUAAAGACAUUCAAGCGGUGCAACUGCAUCUAAAGAAGUGCUUCGAGAACAUAAAGAGAUUACGAUUUGAGAAUCCAGAUCUCAGGAUAACGACGAUGUAUUCUGCCGAGCACGAAGAGGUCGCGCUACGGCCAACGAUCUAUCCCGAGGGAAAUGUGGAAAAUUGGCUGGGGCAAGUCGAGAAUGCGAUGCGUAAUACUCUACGUGAGAUCAUCGGCGAGGCCCUUGAAAUAAUAGAAACGACACCGCGUGAGGAAUGGGUGUACAUGUGGCCGGGCCAAAUAGUUCUUUGCGGAGGUCAAAUACAAUGGACUGCUCAUGUGGAAGAAAGUAUCAAGAACGAUACUGUGCCCACCUAUUACAAUUUGAUGUUGCUACACCUCGAAAAAUUGCAAAAAUUAAUACGUGGUCCGCAAACUGAAGUACAAAGAUUGAUGCUGGAGGCUGUAAUCACAAUUGAGGUUCAUGCCAAGGAUGUUUUAUACAAACUAAUUCAAGAGAGAGUAACCAAUACCAACGAAUUUGAAUGGAUCUCUCAAUUACGAUAUUAUUGGGUAGAGAACAAGGAUUUGAAGAUUCGCGCAAUAAAUGCUGAAUUUUCGUAUGAGUACGAAUAUUUAGGUAACAACGGAAGAUUAGUAAUUACACCAUUAACCGAACGCUGUUAUCUUACUCUUACCAAUGCAUUGCAUUUAAAAUUCGGCGGUGCACCAGCCGGUCCGACGGGUACUGGUAAAACAGAAAUCACAAAGGAUCUCGCAAAAGCAUUUGCAAUUCAAUGUGUGGUUUUUAAUUGUUCCGACCAGCUGAGUUUUCGAUCUAUGAGCAAAGUUUUCAAGGGUCUUGUCAGCACCGGCGCGUGGGCGUGUUUCGACGAAUUUAAUCGAAUCGAUAUUGAAGUGCUAUCUGUAGUAGCGCAGCAAAUCACGACCAUUCAAAAAGCACAACAAAUACAAGCGAACAAAUGUUUCUUUGAAGAAAUCGAACUUACCUUAAAGCAGUCCUGCGCCGUAUUCAUCACUAUAAUUCCUGGUUAUGCUGGUCGAACGGAAUUACCUGACAACUUAAAAGCACUCUUUCGACCAGUAGCUAUGGUGAUGCCAAAUUAUGCUCUUAUCGCUGAAGUUUCUUUGUUCACCUAUGGCUUUGUGGAUGCUAGGAACCUCGCCAGAAAAAUUACGACGACUUUUAAACUAUGCUCAGAACAACUAAGCACACAAGAGCACUAUGACUUUGGUAUGCGUGCAAUAAAAACUGUUAUUGCGGUUGCGGGUAAUUUGAAAAGAGAGCAGAAAGAUCUUGAAGAGGACCAAAUAUGCCUACGUGCCUUAAAAAAUGUAAACGUACCCAAAUUUUUAAAGGACGACUUGAAAUUGUUUAAUGGUAUUAUAUCAGACCUCUUCCUAAACAUUAUCGAAAAAUCAGUGGAUUAUGGAAUCCUAGAAACAGGCAUCCGUAGUUCUAUUAAGCAAAUGGGUUUAGAAGACGUUGAUGAGUUCGUGAGAAAGGUACUGCAGCUGUACGAAACUACAUUGAUGCGUAACGGAUUAAUGAUCGUAGGUUCAACCGGUUCAGGAAAAACUAAGUGUUACAAAGUCCUAAAACACACUUGUACAUGUUUGAAAGGUCAAUUACAACAAAAUGGUAAAUCGUUUACAACAGUUACCUCGUAUGUAUUGAAUCCAAAAGCUGUAACAAUCGGUCAACUGUAUGGCGAACACGAUCCCAAUACACACGAAUGGACAGACGGAAUAUUCCCAGCUUUAAUACGAGCGGAUAUAGAAACAGAGAAUAGUGAUAAACGUUGGUAUAUUUUUGAUGGACCGGUCGAUCCAGUGUGGAUCGAGAAUUUAAAUACUGUCCUGGACGACAAUAAAAAGCUUUGUCUCACGUCAGGGGAAAUCAUGAAACUACUACCGACUCAAACCAUAAUGUUUGAAGUAUCAAAUCUUCGAGCAGCAUCACCAGCUACAGUUUCUAGAUGUGGCAUGGUGUAUAUGGAUCCAGAAAACUUAGGUUUGCAACCUUUAAUCGAUUGUUGGAUACGGUCAUUGCCAACGACGAUGAGCGAUUACAUCGAAGAAAUAACCAAGUUAACAACUCAACUGGUGCUUCCUGGUCUGAAGAUUAUACGCGAAAGUUUGCGAGAGAUUGUAAGAACAGUAGAUUCAGCCGUAAUUCAAUCUUAUAUAAAUCUAAUGAACUUCAGAAUUGGACCGUUGACUGGACGUGACGGAAAACCAACACCAAGUUUUGCUUUCCUAAAAACUAUACCGGAUUUGCUGUCACCAUGGACUGCUUUUGCUACCGUUUGGGGAUUAGGUUCAACUUGCGAUUACAAUAGUCGUUGUAUAUUCAGUGACUGGUUGAAAAAAGUACAAAAGAAUGCACAGCAUAGCACACCAUUUCCAGAAGAAGGUCUCGUGUUCGAUUACAGAUUACACGAUGGUGGAUUUACUGAUUCAAUUGAAGGUCAAGAGCCAAUUUCACCGAAGUGGUACAAGUGGUUGGACGGAAUUCCAUCCAUCAGAAUAAAGCCGGAAACCAAAUACAUGGAUAUCAUAAUUCCAACUACGGACAACAUACGAAGCGCGGCGUUAAUCGAAUAUCUCCUCAUUAACGAAACAAAUGUACUUUGUGUGGGUGAAACCGGAAGUGGCAAAACUUUGACGGUGUCGGCGAAACUGUUACAUAACAUGCCAAAGAAAUACAUUUGUGAUUUCAUAACGUUCUCGUCGCGAACCACGGCGCAUCAGACGCAGGAUUUAAUUGACGUGAAAUUGGACAAGCGACGUAGAGGUAUCUACGGGCCACCGAUUCUGAAAAGGCAAAUUUUCUUUAUCGACGAUUUGAAUAUGCCGGUACCGGAUAUAUAUGGCGCUCAACCACCGAUUGAAUUAAUUCGCCAAUUUAUGGAUUUUAGCGGUUGGUAUGACAAAACGGAAAUCGGAUCCUUCAGGCUGAUCGAGGACAUGAAUUUCGUCGCAGCUAUGGGACCUCCGGGAGGUGGAAGAAACCCAAUAACUGCCCGACUUUUACGGCAUUUCCAUAUUAUUGCGUUUCCAGAGAUGGAGGACGAUGCGAAAUCGCAUAUCUUUAAAACAAUCCUUGACACGUGGCUGUCGAAUACACCAGAACUUUACAAUUUGCUCGACGACGUAGUGGACGCAACUUUGAAAGUUUUCACAGUUAUACGCACCAAAAUGUUACCAAUUCCCAAUAAAUCACACUAUAUCUUCAAUCUUCGUGAUCUGAGCAAAGUCUUCCAAGGUAUCCUUAUAGCAGACGCAAGAAAAAUAUUAGUUCGCGAAAAGUUGUUAUUACUUUGGUAUCAUGAGAAUAUUCGAGUCUUCAGCGAUCGUUUAAUUAACGACGAAGACAAAAACUGGUUCGAUCAAUUUUUACGCGUUGUAUUGAAGAAAAAGUUCAAUUGCGACGCUGGCGAGAUUAUCGGAAAAAAACCGUUGUUUUAUAACGAUUUUUGUAAUCCUGCUGGAGAAUAUGAACAGAUAAUAGAUAUCGAAAAAAUGAGAAGUGUUCUACUCGAUGCUUUAGACAGUUAUAAUGAUUUAACGACAUCGCCAAUGCAAUUGAUUCUUUUUGAAGAUGCAAUAAGCCAUAUUUGUAGAAUAACACGGAUACUUCGACAACCUGGAGGGAAUGCUUUAUUGCUUGGAAUAAAUGGAUCUGGACGUCGAAGCUUGACAAAGCUUUCAUCGUACGUCAAGGAAUACAAUUGUUACCAGAUUGAAGUCAACAAAGCUUAUACGACUCACGACUGGCAAAAUGACAUUAAGAACAUAAUGCUAAAAGCGGGGUUGCAGGCUCGACCUAUAGUCUUUUUGUUUUCUGACACGCAGAUAAAGAAUGACUUCAUGCUAGAGGAUUUAAACAACAUCCUAAAUAACGGAGACGUUCCAAACAUAUAUCAAGCUGAUGAAGUAGACAAAAUAUAUCAAGCAAUGCGAGCGCCAGCACAAGAGGCUGGACUACAGAUCAAUAAAAGCAACCUUUUCUCCGUUUAUGUGAAAGCAGUCAAAAGCAACUUACACAUUGUCAUUACAAUUAGCCCGAUUGGAGAUACGUUUCGCGCUCUCAUCAGACAAUUCCCAGCACUGGUAAAUUGCUGUACUAUUGAUUGGUUUUGCCCCUGGCCAGAUGCCGCGCUUCAGAGCAUAGCAACGCAUCUUCUGUCGGAUAUCAAAGAUGAUUCGAUCUCAGAUGAAACUUUGCAUUCUAUUAUAAAGAUAUGCCAGUAUAUGCAUUCCAGUGUAAUUGACGCUAGUAAUCGCUUUUUAAAAGAACUCGACCGUCAUAACUAUGUUACGCCUACAUCAUAUUUGGAAUUAUUAUCAAGUUAUAGCGACCUUUUAAGAAAGAAAAAAGAUGAAUUAAAUUUUUCAUUAAUACGUUUGUCCACUGGAUUAAAUAAAUUGGCGAGCACAGAAAGAGAAGUGAAAAAUAUACAGGAGGUACUAAAACGUAUGAAACCUGAAUUAGAGAAAGCGGCAGAGUCUACAGCAAGAAUGAUACACGAGAUUACUCAAGACACAAUUGAAGCAGAAAAGACCAAAGUAUUGGCUAUGCAACAAGAAACGGCAGCAUCGAAAAUGAAGGAAGAGAAUAAAGAGAUAAGGGAUGAAGUAGAAGCUGAUUUCAAUGAAGUUAAACCAAUACUCGAAGCUGCCGAAGCUAGUUUAAAGGCACUAAAUAAAAAUGAUAUUACGGAAGUUAAAAUGAUGAAAAGACCGCCAGUGGGAAUGCUCUUAGUAAUUGAAGCAAUGUGCAUAAUAAACAAUGUGGAACCAAACAAGCUUCCAGGGAAAUUUCCCAGUGAGAAGAUAUUAGAUUAUUGGACCCCUGGAAUUCAAAUGCUAGCAGACCCAGUUCAUUUUUUACAUACAAUAGCACAUUUCAAAAAGGAAGAUAUCACAGAGGAAAUUAUCAAUAAAUUAACAGACUAUAUAGAAAAUCCCAUUUUUCAACCAGAAAAUGUACUUCAAGUGUCGAGGGCUUGUUAUUCUUUCUGCUUGUGGAUCCAUGCAAUGUACAACUAUUACUUCGUAAAUAAAAAAAUUGCACCCAAAAUGGCAGCUUUGGCAAGAGCAGAGGAAAUUCUAGCUAAAACCGAAACAACGCUGGCAGUUGCUGUGGCAAGACUGCAAGAGAUACAGGAAGGUAUUGAAAAAUUGCAAGAUCAAUUGAGGGAAGAGGAAGCAAAGAAAGCUGAACUAGAAAAACAGAAACAGCUUUGCGAAGAACGAAUUGCACGAGCCGUAAGAUUAAUUGUAGGCUUAUCGGACGAACAGAAACGAUGGACUAAUAUGGUGGAUAGUAUAAAAAUGUUCUUAAAGAAUGCUGUAGGCGAUAUACUUUUAUCGUCAGGUGCGAUUGCGUACCUAACACCCUUCACGGAUAUUUAUCGUCAAAAUCUUUUGAAGUCCUGGUAUAACGUUCUUGGUGAAGAUGUACCUCACACCCCAGGUUGCAAUCCGAUAUUAACUCUUGGCAAUCAAAUGGAGAUAAGAAGUUGGCACAUAAGUGGUUUGCCAAGGGAUGCCUUAUCUAUUGAAAACGCAGUUCUUGUGAUGAAUUCCAAGCGAUGGCCCCUCUUCAUUGAUCCUCAAGUGCAGGCGAACAAGUGGAUACGCAAUAUGUGCAAACCAAUCGGACUUGCUAUUGUAAGAAUGACGGAUAAAAACCUAUUAAGUACCAUUGAAAAUUGUGUGCAAUUUGGAAAACCAUGCUUAAUCGAAAACAUUAGCACAGAAUUGGAAGCUUCUCUUGAUCCUAUUCUUACUCGUACAUUAUUCAAGCAUGAUGAACGGCUGAGCGUUAAAAUUGGCGAGAAUAUUGUACCCUACAAUUUUGAUUUUCAUCUUUAUUUAACUACGAAAUUAUCUAAUCCUCAUUAUACACCGGAUGUAGCAAUUAAAGUUCUGAUAGUCAAUUCUGCUCUGACUGUUAGUAGCCUUCUCGAUCAAUUGCUGUCUCUAGUCACCAUUCAAGAACGUCCUGAUCUUGAACGAGACAGGAAUACGCUUAUUGUGUCAAGUACUGAGAUGAAACGCGAUCUGGGGGAGAUCGAGGAUAGAAUUCUUUACAGACUGACGGUAUCUGAAGGAUCAAUAAUUGAUGACGUUGACCUGAUUCAUAGCUUGGAAGCUUCAAAAGUUAAAAGUGAAGAAAUCAAGAUGAAGAUAGAGACCGCUGAACUUAAACAAGCGGACAUUGAUUUAACGAGAUCAUUAUAUAUGCCGGUAGCAAAUCGAGCACAAAUGUUGUUCUUUUGUAUUACCGAUCUCCAGCGUAUCGAUAUCAUGUAUCAAUACUCUCUGGAAUGGUUCGUUAUUAUACUCAAUAAUAGCAUAUCGAAUACUGAAAAAAGUGAUGAUAUUAAUAAACGAAUUGCGGACAUCAACAAGAAUUUCACAUUCGCUCUCUUCACGAAUGUCUGUCGAAGUGUAUUUGAAAAACACAAACUACACUUCGGUUUUCUCGUCUGCGCACGUAUUCUUUUAAAUAAUGGUACAAUCGAUCCGAUAGAAUGGCGACACUUUCUUACAACGACCACACCGAUACGGGAAUUGCCAAAUCCCGCGUCAGACUGGCUUACCGCGCGAUGCUGGCAGGAAAUUCAAGCUUUGGAGCGGCUUCCAAAGUUCGACAAAUUUAUCACAUCCUUCCAAUUAUUGUUAAUCCAAUUUAAAAACAUAUUCGAUACCCAGGAAGCACAUUUGGCACCGUUUCCUCAACCAUGGGAGACAAAACUCGACGAUUUUGAGAAAUUACUCGUGCUCAAGUGCUUACGACCUGACAAGAUCAUCAACGCUAUGCAAAUCUAUUUGACAAAACAUCUAGGUCAACAAUUUGUCGAACCUCAGACGACAGAAUUAUUAGCAAUUUAUAAGGAAUCGUCUAACACCACGCCAAUUAUCUUUAUCUUAUCACCUGGUACUGAUCCGGCUGCAGAGUUAUAUAAGUUCGCCGACAAGUUAAAUAUGGACAGGAAGUUACAUGCGAUAUCUCUUGGUCAGGGUCAGGAAGUCAAGGCACAAGUUAUGCUGAAGGAAUCAGCGGAGAUGGGCACUUGGCUCUUCUUUCAAAAUUGCCAUUUGGCACCAAGUUGGAUGCCGAAAUUUGAAUUUCUUGUUGAAACAUUGUCGCCAGAAACUACACAUCAAAAUUUUCGAUUAUGGUUGACAUCUGCACCGACACCCGAUUUUCCCAUUAGUAUUCUUCAAAAUAGCAGCAAAAUGACAAUCGAAUCACCGCGGGGUAUAAAGGCCAACAUGUUACGUGCAUAUCUGACACAAGUCACGGAAAUGCAAGAGCUUCUGCAACCAGAUCACCUGAAAACUGUGUCAUUCAAGCGGCUUAUAUUCUCACUUUGCAUGUUUCACUCAAUCCUGAUCGAGAGACGGAAAUUUGGUCCUCUCGGUUUCAAUAUAUCCUACGAUUUCACAAAUGGGGAUUUAGCUAUAUGUUUAUCGCAAUUAUAUGUAUUUCUCAUGGAAUACGAUACUUUGCCAUUCAAGAUUCUCAUAUAUACUACUGGGCAUAUUAACUAUGGUGGACGAAUAACAGAUGAUUGGGAUCGUCGAUGUGUCCUAACACUUCUCGAAGACUAUUACAAUAUUAAUGUUGUCUCCCAAGGUUAUCAGUUUGAUGAACAAGGGAUUUAUUAUCAGUUACCGGCUGCAACGUCAUUCAACGAUUAUCUAGAAUAUAUAAAAGGUUUCCCUUUAAACGACGAUCCGUCUCUAUUUGGCAUGCAUUCAAACACCGAUAUAAGUUAUGCGCAAGCAGAAGCAUAUGCUUGCCUCACAACUUUAUUAAAUAUGCAGCCCAGAGAACUUGGUGUUGCAGCUACAAGUGUCGAGGAAGCAACAACUCAAAUAAUCAAGAAUAUGUUAUCCACAAUACCAAAACCGUUUGAUUUAAUCGAAAUACAAGCAAGGUACCCACUAUUGUACGAGGAAUCCUUUAAUACCGUGUUACUACAAGAGGCCAAACGGUAUAACGGUUUACUUGAAAUCGUGCAAUCAACAUUGCAAGAGCUUUUAAGAGCUUUAAAAGGCUCGAUCGUCAUGUCGGAACAGCUUGAAAUAGUCGCCACCAAUCUAUUUAACAACAAAAUACCUACAGAUUGGCAAAGCAAAAGUUAUCCUUCUCUAAAAUCUUUAGCCGGAUGGUUUACCGAUUUAAAAAACAGGAUAAAAUUUAUAAGUGAUUGGCGAGACCAAGGUAUACCGCCUGCAUUUUGGCUUUCAGGCUUUUAUUUUCCUCAAGCCUUUCUAAUUGGCACGUUACAAAACUUCGCGCGGAAACAUAUAGUGCCAAUUGACACAAUCGAUUUUAGCUGCAAGGUUUUAACAUCCAAACCAACGCAGAGACCGUCGGAUGGCUGUAUUAUUUAUGGGCUUUUCCUGGAAGGCUGCCGAUGGGACGGAAACUAUCUCGCAGAAUCUUUACCAAAAGAAUUAUUCACCGACAUGCCGCCGAUUCACUUGUUACCGGAAAUUCAUCAUGUAAUUCCACCUCACGGAAUUUACGUAUGCCCUGUGUACAAAACCAUUGAGCGAUCUGGAACUUUAAGCUUAAUGGGACACUCCACGAAUUUUGUUCUAGCGAUGGAACUUCCAGUUGACAAACCGCAAUCACAUUGGAUAAAAAGAGGAGUGGCAUUAAUAUGUACUUUGGACUAUUAAUAUUUUUUUGCGCUAUAUAGCGUUUAUAAUUAAUUUACGAUUGACAACUGUUAAAGUUAGUAACUUUACAAGUUUACAUACAUGCAUUGUUAAUAUUACACUCAUGAUAACAAUGGUAUAACAUAAUAACGAUUAUACCAAAUAAACUUAUUAUUGUAAAA